GAGGGCCUGAAGCGGUGUCUGUCCGAAUUCGAGCAGCGGCUACCAUGGGUGGAAAGGCUGGACGUGACUUUGGGGCAGGUCGUGGACCCCGUCUCACAGAGUGCUUCUAGCAAAGAUGCUGUUGAUCCUGAGAAUGAUUUCCAGAGAGAGAUGAGCUUUUACCGGCAGGCUCAGGCGGCAGUCCUGGAAGCCCUGCCAAAGUUGCGUAAGCUCCAAGUUCCUACUAGAAGGCCAGAUGAUUACUUUGCAGAGAUGGCCAAAUCAGACCAACAGAUGCAGAAG